AUGAUGAUUUGCACUUUAAUAUCGUUCUUCCUUUACACUCAAAGUACUUUUGGUCAGAACCUAUCCUGGAAUCGGCCGUGGCCAUUUGUUCAUGAAACUGGUGCAACACAACCUGUUAGCACAGAUCCAGAUGAUCCAGCUAUAUGGGUUCAUCCCUAUCGGCCUGAUUUGAGUCUCAUCAUUGGCACCGAUAAAACAGCUAUGAUUGGCGGAUUAUAUGUAUUCGAUUUGAAUGGAGUCGUACAACAACAUAUUGGAAACAUUGAUCGCCCAAAUAAUGUCGAUAUCGACUAUGGAUUUCAAAUCAAUGCGACACAUUCUAUUGAUUUGAUCGUUCUCACAGAACGUAUACAGAAACGGUUACGUAUUUUCUCUAUUGAUGUUUCUACGCGUCAUGUCUAUGAAGUUCCAGUAACGAAUCCGAAUGUAUUUGUUGAUAGUAGUGGCGAUCACUCAGCUCCUAUGGGUAUUGGAUUAUAUAAAAGAAGGCAUGAUGGGAAAAUCUACGCUAUUGUCAGUCGAAAAUCAGGCCCUAGCCGUGGAUAUCUUGGUCAAUACGAGCUGAUUUGGAAUGGUCGAUCAAUCGAUAUGAAAUUCAUUCGAUAUGUAGGCGAUUUUCAAGGUUCAGAAAUCGAAUCGAUCGUUGUGGAUGAUCAAUUAGGUUUUGUCUACUAUUCUGACGAAGGAUAUGGUAUUAGAAAGUAUAAUAUCGAUCCAUCACAUACGGAUAUUGCGCAAGUUGGUUUAAUUAAUACAACUAACGUAUGGCAAGGCGAUUCCGAAGGAUUAGCACUCUAUACAACAUCAGCUACCGAUGGAUAUCUAAUCAUAACUGAUCAAUUACCCAAUGGUUCGAUCUUUCAUUUUUAUGAACGGCAAGGUGACAAUGCCUAUGUACAAUCAAUUCGAACUCGUGCUGAUAAAACCGAUGGCAUCGAUGCGACAAGUAGUUAUUUAGAAUUUUCUUUUAUAUGA